CCUGCUUGUCCCUGUGUACCCGCAAUGUUUUUUCUCUGAAUCGGUCGGCGUACUGACGUGAAGGCUUAAAAGGGAGACUCCGAGUGCAGCCCCCGAUUGGGAAGGAGAAAGACGCCCAACGCAACCAUGAGGUGUCUUUUGGUCUGUGCCUUCGCGGCUUCCGUGGUGCUCCUGACGUACGCCCAGGUCCCAACUCUAUGCGACAAGACCGACGAGCAGCUGCGGGCUGGCGUGAAGUGCCUGAAAGAAAAGGCGUCGCCUAGUCUUAGACGCACCUUGGACCGCCUUAAGGCGCGCGUCGGCUGCUCUGCUGAUACCUGCACGGUGGAGUAUCUCUGCUCCCACAAGAAAGCCCAUCUCGCAGUCACCCUUACAGAUGCCGAAAAAGCAGAGUUUCGUCAACUAGUAGAGCAAUGCAACGCUGUUCCUACGAAGACGAGCAGCAACUUCAUCGUCGCUUGGAUCAAGUCUUGGUUUGCUUAAACAGAUCAUCUUAUAACACAAUGUAAUCGCUAAAUAACCGGGCUGUGAUUGGUUAACAUAAGAAAUUUAAAAAAAAACAAUUUCAAACAUUUUUUUUUUUUUUUACAUUAUGUGUUAAUCGCUGCUGCAGUCGAGCUUGGACAAGCCGUGAGGUCAAUUGACUUUAUGAAAUUAACGUAGUUCUUGGGACCAAUUUCGGCACAGCCGCUUUCGGGGGUUGGAGCCUGAGCCCUACCCUAUCCUGUUCUGAUUAACGUUCUCUCCUGACGUACAACAAUUUUGGAGAUCUUAAAUCAAUCGCAUUUUUAUAACUUUUCAGUGGUAUUGCUGCAAUUAUUGGAUGUGUUAAUUUAUGGUACGAAAAUUACGGGUAGCAUACCAGGUAACCUUCCCGAAUAAAAAUAUGCUCAUAGAAA